GUCAUGCAAAAUCAGAGCUUUGUAAUUGAAUUUGUCCUCCUGGGACUUUCACAGAAUCCAACAGUUCAGAAGGUAGCAUUUGUUGUAUUUUUGUUGGUCUAUAUUGCAACUGUCUGGAGCAACAUGCUGAUCAUGGUGACCAUCAUUGGUAGCCCCACUCUGCUGGAAUCCCCCAUGUACUACUUCUUGGCUUUCCUGUCCUUCCUGGAUGCAUGUGUUUCUUCUGUCAUCACACCAAAGAUGAUUGUUGAUUCCUUCUAUGGAAGAAACACCAUCUCCUUUGAAGGCUGCAUGAUGCAGCUCUUUGCUGGACAUUUCUUUUCUGGGGUGGAGGUGAUUGUCCUCACUGCCAUGGCCUAUGACCGCUAUGUGGCCAUUUGCAAGCCCUUGCACUACUCCUCCAUCAUGAACAGGAGGCUCUGCUGUGUUCUGGUGGGCACAGCCUGGACAGGGGGCUUCCUGCACUCCAUCAUCCAAAUUCUCUUCACUUUCCACCUCCCCUUUUGUGGCCCCAAUGUCAUUGAUCAUUUCAUAUGUGACCUGUUCCCAUUACUGAAGCUUGCCUGCACUGACACUCACGUCUUUGGCCUUUUGGUGGUUGCCAACAGUGGGUCUGUCUGCAUUAUCAUCUUCUCCCUGUUGCUUGUGUCCUAUGGUGUCAUCUUGUUCUCCCUGAGGAAGCACACUUCUGAGGGGCAGAGGAAGGCUCUGUCCACCUGUGGGUCCCACAUUGCUGUUGUGAUUUUGUUCUUUGUCCCCUGCUUAAUGGUAUACACACGACCUCCCUCUGCCUUCUCCUUUGAGAAAAUAGUAGCACUAUUUUACUGCAUGUUGCCCCCUUUGCUUAAUUCUCUGAUCUAUACUUUUAGGAAUAAGGAAGUGAAAAAUGCUAUGAGGAAAGUAUGGAACAGGUUAGUGGUGAUGUCUCAUGAGAGAAAAAUGUUACACGUAUAA